AUGGCCGGCGAAAAGGGCCUCGCGACGGCACCGCACCUCGCGGCGAGCGGCAUCACGCCGGGGCAUGAUAUCGAGGCGGCCACCUCCCACUCGGUCGUGGACGAGAAGAUCCGCGAUAACAACGACGACGGCAAUGUGCUUUCCGAGGCCGAGGGGCGGCUCAAGCGCGGCUUGGGGCAGCGGCACUUGUCAAUGAUUGCGCUUGCAGGCGCAAUCGACGGCGGCUUCUUCCUCUCCCUCGGCGGCAGCAUCAGCACCGGCGGCCCGCUCGGCGCGCUCCUAGCGUACAUCUUCAUCGGUCUCGUCGUGUGCAGCGUGCAGUUCGCGAUCGGCGAGGUGUCGGCCUUCAUGCCAGUGACGGGCAGCUUUGUGCGGCACGCCGAGAUCCUCGUCGACCCCGCGCUGUCGUUCGCGCUCGGCUGGAACCUGGUCUACGGGAACUGGCUGUCGAUCCCCUCGGAAAUCGUCGCCAUCUGCGUGCUGUUCCAGUACUGGACCGACCUCAACUCGAGCGUGUGGAUCGUCAUCUUCAUGGUACUCACCGCGGUCGUCGCGUACUCUGGCAUCCGGUUCUUCGGCGAGCUCGAGUUCGGCUUCGCGCUGCUCAAGAUCGCGCUGAUUGUCGCGCUCAUCCUGUACGGGCUGAUCACGGACCUCGGCGGGAUCAAGGGCGUAGAGCGCAUCGGGUUCAGAUACUGGAAGAACCCCGGCCCGUUCGUGCCCUACAUCGCCGAGGGGGCGUGGGGCCAGUUCCUCGGGUUCUGGAGCGUGCUCAUCUACUCCGUCUUCUCCUUCUCCGGCGUCGAGUCCGUCGCCAUGGCGGCUGCCGAAGUCCAGUCGCCCCGCCAGGCCAUCCCCAAGGCCGUCAAGCGCGUCUUCGUCCGCGUCACCCUCUUCUACAUCCUCAGCGUGCUCAUCAUCGGCAUGAUCGUGCCGUCCGACGACCCGCGUAUCGCCGAAGACGCCGGCACGGCGGCGACGUCCCCGUUUUUGAUCGCGGCGCAGGCAGCAGGCAACAAGGUGUGGCCUAGCAUUGUCAACGCGGUGGUCAUCACCUCGGCGUGGAGCAGCAGUAACCAGGCGCUGCUCGCCGGCUCGCGUGUCCUCUACGGCCUCGCGGUCAAGCGCCACGCGCCGGCCGUCUUCCUCCGCACCAACCGCUACGGCGUGCCCUAUGUCGCCGUUACGACCAACGUGCUGUUCGCGUCCCUCGCCUUCAUGAGCCUGUCCAGCACCGCCUUGACCGUGUUCUACUGGCUGCUCAACGUCGUCGGCUGUGGCGUGCUCAUCUCGUGGAGCGCGAUUCUCAUCAACCACCUCCGCCUGCGUGCUGCUUUCAGGAAGCAGCGGAUCGACCCCGCAAAGUUGCCGUGGUACAACAGCUGGACUGUUUUCUCGUCCUCCGCCUCCCUCGCCCUCUGCAUCAUCCUCCUGCUCACCAACGGCUUCUCGGCCUUCACAAAGGGCAACUGGUCCGUGUCGACCUUCAUCACCGCCUAUGUCGACCUCGCCGUCAUUGCGGUCCUGUUUGUCCUGUGGAAGCUCAUCAGGCGGACAAAGGCCGUCCGUCUCCAGGACAUUCCGCUCGAGAGCAUGCUCGAGCACAUCGCCCGCACACCCGAGCCGCCGCUUGAAAAGUCCAAGGGGUGGUUGCGCUUCGUGUCGUGGCUUUGGGACUAG